AUGAGGACCUGCUGCAGCUUCUUGAUCAAGAGGAACACGUACAGCACCAAACCCAAUAACCUCAAGGCUCGCAACUCCUUCCGCUACAACGGGUUCAUUCACCGCAAGACUGUGGGCGUGGAGACGGCAGCGGACGGCAAAGGGGUCGUGGUGGUCAGGAAGCAGAGAUCCGGCCAGGGAAAGCCAGCCACUUCCUACGUGUGGACCACCAUCGACGAGAAUGCUCAGGCCACCCUCAGCAGCAACCGACGCAUGAUUCGAAAGAACAAGUACCGCCCAGAUUUGCGCAUGGCCGCCAUCCGCAGAGCCAGCCGCCAUCCUGCGCAGUCAGAAGCCUGGGAUGGUUAA